GAAAUGCCGAAGGGCGGAGUUAGUUUGAAGGUUCCUCUAGGCCUUGAGGGAGACCUGAGUGUGUAGAGUGGUGCCUUGCACCCAGCUUUAGUUUGGGUCAGUUUUCUUGUGGUUUGUUGCCCAUAGCAAUAGUCUGGUGGAGGAGUGAGGAUGCUGAAGUGCACGGCAAUGUGGCAGAAGCUGGCUCCAUUGGCUAGAGCCUCUUCAAGUUUAUGUCGCCAUCAUGUUCGAAGAAAGGUGCUGAAAUGUGACAAAAUGGUGCCCGUGAUUCCAAAGGCCCUGAUGUCGUCAGGCGCCCCCGGGGGUGCAGGCGAUAAUGCCGCUUACUUGAUGAUUGUGGGUGCUGCUUUUCUUGGAGGAGGAAUUUAUAUGUAUAGCACCUUGUCACAAGAUAAGAAGAGGUACCAGGAUCGACUUAAUGAAAUAAGAUCCAGAUCUGUAAAGCUCUCUGAAGAAGCCUCAGCUGCAGAGCCUGACAUUCAUGAUGUGGAAGAAGUGGCCACUGUGGAAGAGAAUACAGGCUCUGUUUUAGCAGAAAGGGGACCUCCAGGGCAGAAUGAGGGAGUUCCCGCUCAGGAGAAGACCGUAACCCCUAGUGAUUCCAGCACAAUUUCAGAAUCUAAAGUAUCUGCACCAGUAUUGGAAACAACACCUGGAGAACUGAAGACGGAUCCUUCCUCUACUGAAAGUGCUGGGGCAGAUGCAGCAGUGAGCCCCCCCGAGCUCCCCCCUCACGCCCCCUACCUGCUGAUCGGUGGUGGGACCGCCGCCUUUGCCGCAGCCAGGUCCAUUCGGGCUCGGGAUCCUGGCGCCAGGGUGUUAAUCGUUACAGAUGAAUGGGAUCUGCCGUACAUGCGCCCUCCUCUCUCCAAAGAGCUGUGGUUCUCUGAUGAUCCCACUGUGAUAGAAACACUCCGUUUCAAACAGUGGAAUGGCAAAGAGAGAAGCAUCUAUUUCCAGCCUCCAUCUUUUUAUGUCAGUCCUCAGGAGUUAUCUGAGGUGGAGAACGGUGGGGUGGCAGUUCUUACUGGUAAAAAGGUAGUGCACAUGGACGUAAGAGGGAACAAAGUGCGCCUAAACGAUGACUCUGAGAUUUCUUACGACAAGUGCCUCAUUGCCACAGGCGGAGAGCCAAGGAACUUGCAGGUACUGGAGAGGGCUGGAGCAGCCGUGGCACAGCACACCACCCUCUUCAGGAAGAUUGAAGAUUUCAGGUGUCUGGAGAAAAUAUCUAGAGAAGUCAAGUCCAUAACUAUUGUUGGAGGUGGAUUCUUGGGGAGUGAGCUGGCAUGUGCCCUGGGUAGGAAAGCUAAAGAAACUGGUCUGGAGGUGAUACAGAUGUUUCCCGAGAAGGGCAAUAUGGGAAAGGUGUUGCCCGAAUAUCUAAGCAACUGGACGACUAAUAAAGUCAGGAAAGAGGGGGUGAAUGUCAUGGCUGAGGCUCUGGUGAAGCAUGUCAGUUUCCAGGAUGGCAAAGUAGAAAUCAAACUAAAGGAUGGCCGUGUUGUAAAAACUGAUCACAUUGUAGCUGCAGUGGGACUGGAGCCAAGUGUGGAGCUGGCCAAGUCUGCUGGUCUGGAGGUGGACUCUGACUUUGGCGGGUACAGAGUCAAUGCGGAACUGCAGGCUCGGUCUAACAUAUGGGUGGCUGGUGAUGCCGCCUGCUUUUAUGACAUCAGACUGGGCCGGCGACGGGUGGAACACCAUGACCAUGCAGUGGUGAGCGGUAGACUGGCUGGGGAAAACAUGACUGGAGCCAGCAAACCCUAUUGGCACCAGUCUAUGUUCUGGAGUGACCUUGGCCCUGAUGUAGGCUAUGAAGCCAUUGGAAUUGUGGACAGUAGCCUUCCAACAGUUGGUGUCUUUGCUAAAGCAACACCGAAAGACACCCCAAAAGCUGCUACUGAAGAAUCAGGAACUGGUAUCCGGUCAGAAAGCGAGACUGAAGCAAUAGCCAGCGGUGAAGCAGCUGUUUCCACGAGCAGUCCUCGUAUACCCCAGCAGGGAGAGGAUUAUGGGAAGGGAGUCAUCUUUUAUCUUCGGGACAAAGUCGUAGUGGGCAUCAUUCUGUGGAAUGUAUUCAACAGAAUGCCCAUAGCCAGGAAGAUUAUUAAGGAUGGGGAGGAACAUGCAGACCUAAAUGAAGUAGCUAAGCUCUUCAACAUUCAUGAAGACUGAAGGUGGAUCAGGGAUUGAAAAUGAAGUGUAUGAUGAAGGCCUUGAAUGUUUAUAGUCAUCACCGUGCUUCAAUGGUCAGAAAGCUGACUUGCCUGAGAGAGACACACACUUUGGGCACAUGCAUUUUUUUGGUAUUCAUUUCACUGUAUAAAUUUGGUCAAUUUAUGUAUUGGAUGCAUCGGAGUUCUGGGUUUUCUUUUUAUAAUCUCCAUUUAUGUGAAAAUAAACAUUGUUUGAAUGCAAUGUCUCUCACGUAAUUGUAAAUGUGAUUUCAAAAGAAUCUGUAAGAAAACCUAAUUUUUUAUAAAAUGAAUGGAACUUGAUGUUUCCCUUUAAGACUGAAGUAGUUGUAUGAAAGUUAAAUAAAAUUUUUAAAUUUGAA